AUGCUCCCGCCGCCCCCGCGCCAGCCGCCGCCCCAGGCGCGCGCGGUCCGCGGGGCGGUGCGCCUGCACAGGGCCUUCCUGCGCGGCCCGCUGGGCGUGCUGCGGCUGCUGCAGCUGCUGGCUGGCGCCGCUUUCUGGAUCACCAUCGCCACGAGCAGGUACCAGGGCCCCGUGCACUUCGCGCUCUUCGUGUCCGUGCUCUUCUGGCUGCUGACCCUGGGCCUCUACUUCCUCACGCUGCUGGGCAAGCACGAGCUGGUGCCCGUGCUGGGUUCGCGCUGGCUCGUGGUCAACGUGGCGCACGACCUGCUGGCGGCCGCGCUCUACGGCGCCGCGACGGGCAUCAUGAUCUCGCAGACCCAGAGCCACAGCUACUGCAACCUCAAGGAUUACCAGAUGGCCUGCGCCUACCACGCCUUCCUGGCGGCCGCCGUCUGCGGAGGCCUCUGCCUCGGCCUCUACCUGCUCUCGGCCCUCUACGGCUGCUGCCGCCGCUACCAGGGGGAGCAGGAGGUGGCGUGAGCCGCCGCGCCGCGGGGCGGGGACCCUCCCGAGACCGGCGCCCCCGUCCUUCCUGCCGCCGCCGCCCCGCGCCCGUGCGCCCCGGCACCCACCCGUUGCCCUGCGCUCCCGCCCGCGCCCCGGCGCCCUGGCCCGCAGUUCCCGUCCGACUGCAGAGCCGCCGCCUAGAGUCCGGCCCGCCGCGCCGCCCGCGCCGGUUCCUGGGACCCGGGCAGGGCCGCCUCCGAGGAGCGGGCCCCCACACACCCUGGCUGUCCGCGGAGAAACCUCGCGCUUCCUCGCCCCCCUUCCGUGCCGAGAGCGAGACGUGGACAGGCGCCGCGUAGAUCCGGGGGAGGCUCCCAAUUGGAACCAGCCUUCUGGCUGCGCCACUGCCCUCUCCCGCCCCGAUGUCGGAAGAGCGCCCCUGGCCCCUGGCCCCUCUUUCAGCCUCGAGCGCUGUGAAGGGCAGGCUCGCAGCCGCGGGGAGAGCUGAGGACAGGCCUCCACUGGUCUCAGGAUGAGCGAAGAGUUUCAUUUCAGCUGGGGGUUGUGAGGGCAUCCUGCGCAGUCCGCUGUCUGAUGUUGGGUGGGGCCCGUCUGCAAAGGUGAGGAUGGAUUGGAAAGGCCGCGGGCUGCACCUUUGCACGUUUGGAGUCUUCUCUCGCCUCUGCCUGCUCCGCCUUUGUCCUCGGGGUUCUUGGAGGCCAGGCCCAAACGCACACUAGUUUCUCUGGUCUCACUUUCCCAGACUUCCUCUCACGGGCUUCUCCUCCACCACCCCCACCUCCCAAUAUCUUUUUGCAUUAGGGAUCCCACAGGACCCUGAAGGAAUGUCAAGGUGAGCCUCACCCCUUGCUCUUGGGAAAGCCAGAAUAAGAUUAGAUCCCCAUUUCCGGAUUCCCAUUAGAACCACCUUUCCAGACUCCCAGUCCAGCACUGUUUACAUUAAAGCAGUGGGUGUUCCCGGGAGCCCUAGCUCUGGAGCUACCCUCUAAAAGAGGGUUUCAAUGCCAAACGGGUUUGUCAAGGUAGCUAUCUCGCCUUCUUGGAGAUUCACGAUGCUCAUUAGCACAUCAAAGACUUUGAGAAGUCCCACUAUAAAAGAAGCCCAAGUAAUUUAGUUUACAGUGUUACCUGCCUCUGGACCUGGACCAAUUAGAUUUUGCCACCUAAGACUUCCAAGCAUCCCUGUGCUGGCUUGGCUGUCAUCCAUUCCUAAGGGAUCCAACUCAUUGGCUAUGGUAUGAUUGAAGAUCUGGAGUGCUCCUUCUCUUUUCCAGGGAAUUUCUCUAGCAGGGGGAGGGCUUGCCUCAGUGGGGGAGAAGAUAGCUGUCCCUGCCAGGCCUGCAAGAGACCUGGGAAUUGGUGGACCUGAACAUUCCUCUACAUUGUUUGAAAAAUGAAGUCAAGGUUAUCCAGAUGGCUUCCCAGUCAAAAGGAACAUUGCCUAUAAGAGAUGCUGGCAUUGACCGUGAGCAACUGGCAGGAGUGGGUCUCACUCAGUGAAGAGAGAAGAAAACUCCAAAGUUGGGGUGAACAGCUGGCCCAGCCUCUGUUAGGUUUCCACGUUGCUGAGGCCACAGAGAUUCCCGUAGUGGUCAUGCCGACCUCUCCCAGGGCUCGCUUCCCUUGGCAGGGGACAGCAUUCUGGGCUGGGCCAGCAGAGGGCUGCAGAGUGGGGAGAGUGGACCGCCUCUGCCUGGCAGCUUCCCUUCAACAUUGUCCAGUGGAAGAUCCAAGAUGCGUGAAGAUUCAUUUUACCAUCACACAAGAGAAGUUCUGAUUCUCCUUGUGCUGUGACUUGGGCCCAAGAUUCCAGACCCGGCAGCUUCCCUUCAACAUUGUCCAAUGGAAGAUCCAAGAUGUGUGAAGAUUCAUUUUACCUUAACGCAAGAGAAAUUCUAAUUCUCCUUGUGCUGUGACUUGGGCCCAAGAUUCCAGACACAUGGAACUGAGCUAUGCACCUCCGUGCCUUAAACAGUGUGUUUUAGCUCCAGCUUUUGUUCCUUUUCUCUUUUUUCAGAUCACCAUUGAAGUUGCAUCCUCAGCUCAGAACCAGCCCCCUGAGGAUCUCUUCUUAGCCCCCCCAGCUCAUGGUGCUCUGUCUGUGGUCAGGUGACCUUACUCAAGAGUAGAUGUCUCCUUGGCUUUCAUGGUACCUAUCCAUUCAGAUGUGCCUGAAUCAUUCCAGAGCUCACUGGCUCUUCUAAAUGUGCCUUCCUGCUUGGCCUCCGUCUGUUUCUCCAGAUGUGAGAAGGACAUGUAAAACAGCCCCCACACCCAUUCCCUCCUCCCCCUGCGACCCUGUACCAUAGGAAUGGCCACCUGACCUGGCCCAGAAUUUUUGAAUACUGGAGCCAGCUUCCUUGGCCUUCCUCAUUAGACUCCAGGACUCAGUCCAGCUUGAGACCACUGUGGACUCGUACCAGUCCAAAAGUCUAGGACCACUUGCGGAUCCAAGAGAGGAUUUUUCUAGUGUUCUACAAAGGCCAAAAGAGAGGGUGGGAGUGGGAGGGGUGUGGGCCAGUAGCGAGAGGGGACCGAUGUGCCUCAUUUAAUAGUUUAGUGGUGGUUACUAAUUUGCUUUUCAGAAUAAAGUUUGGUUUGUCU